AUGGAUACAAAUUUUAUUGAAAGACUUCAGAGUAUUCACUUGACGGAGGAGGAGGGUGAAGUUAGAAAGGUUCGAUCAGAGAAUCGUGCAAAGAUAUUGGAGGAGUUUUCAUUAAGUCUAAUGGGUCGUUUUCAUACGACAAAACCAAUCAAUUUUUGGGCUGCCAAAAAUCUACGGAGGUCGGUGUGGAAACUUGGCCAUGAUCUGAAGAUUACAGAUAUUGGUGAGGGGCUAAUGCAAUUCAAAUUCUCCAUGGAGAGCCAACUGAAGUGGGUCUUGAAUAAUGGACCGUGGAGCUUUGAUAAUCACUUAUUGUUAUUGAAACGAUGGGAGGAGGGAAUGACGACGUUUAUUGUGGAAUUCAACAUUGUACCAAUAUGGGUUCAGGUUUGGGGGCUACCUUUUGAUCUCAUUAAUGAAAAAGCAAGAAAAGAUAUUGGUGGUGGCAUUGGGAGAGUCUUGGAAAUGGACUGCAAGGCAAUUGCUGCUGACCAAGCUUGCUUCCUUCAGAUUAGAGUUGAAUUGCCAUUGGAUAAACCAAUCCAGAGGGGCGCUCUAGUGCUUAGCCCGAAAGGUGUGAGGGUGCAAAUAGCUUUCCAAUAUGAAAGAUUGGUGGGGCUGUAUUUUAGUUGUGGUAAGCUCGGACAUGAAGCAAAGGAAUGCCUGAGUAAAGUCUCUGCUACAAUGGGUGAAAGGCUGUAUGGGGAGUGGCUCAAGGUGGGGGUCUGA